GACCUUAUUAACAACUCAAUUCUCAAAGACAACCACUUAUUAUUUGGCGCAGUUAUCUCUCUUUUGCCCAAGUCAUGAUGAUGCGAAAACUAGUCAGAUAUUUUUCCUAAACGACGUCGUUAUACCUCAUUCCAUUCAAUGCUCUGCAUGAGAUCUGCAAAAUCAAAUUAAAAGCACAAGUAGAAAAAAUUGAGGACAUUAAUUUCCAAGAAUAAUACGACGGAUUCCAAUUUUCCUCCAACCAACCAACCAAAUAUCAUUUAUUUAUAUUUAUUUCCAAUCCUCUCUUUGUUUCCUUCAUAUUCACUGCAUUCAAGAUCCAAUUUCAUAAAAUUCUACCUCUAGGGUUUCAAUUUCCCUUCCCACUUUGAAUGGACCUUCUACUACAUAGGAAGUGUCUUAAUUUUUCACGAAGAAACAAAAAACGACUUCUCCUAAUCGCCGUUUUAGGAGCUUCCGGUUACGGUGCUUUCAAAGCCUAUCAUUUACCCUAUGUAGUUCAAAAGAGGAACCGACUCGUGAAGCUUCUCAGAGCUUUCGUUUCUCUCGCCGAGCUCGUUUCAAAUUCUGCAGAAACUGUUUCCAUCGUUUCCAACGAUUUGAAUCAAUUCCUCACCUCCGAUUCCGACGAAAUUCCCAAUAGUUUGAAGCAAUUAUCCAAAAUCGCCGCUUCAAAUGAAUUCUCCUUAACGGUUUCUAGGGUUUCGCAGUCUUUAACCCACGGGAUUUUGCUAGGGUAUGCUAAUUAUAAUAAUAAUUAUAAUAAACCCUCGGAAAUUUGUGAAGAAAAAUCGAACUUUUCUGAUAGGUUGUUGGACAGGCUUUUCUCUAAAGCCGGAACGGGUUUUGUUUCGGUUGUGGUUGGAAGUUUUGCUAAGAAUUUGGUUUUGGGUUUCUGUUCGAAUUCGGAAAGUGUUGAUGGUAAAUUCAAUGGAGGGUCUCAAACAAAUGUUCCUGGAUGGGUGAAUGUGCUUUGUGAUGAAAGGUGUGGAAAGGUUUUAGGGGAUUGUGUGCAGAUUUUUGUGAGUACUGCUGUUGCUGUUUUUCUUGAUAAAACAAUGGAUGUUAAUACUUAUGAUGAAAUGUUUGCUGGUUUGACUAAUCCGAAACACCAUGAAAAGGUGAAGGGAAUUUUGGUUUCUCUGUGUAAUGGUGCUGUUGAGACUUUAGUUAAAACAUCUCAUCAGGUUUUGACAAAACCACCAAAUGUUAAACUCGGUUCGGGUUCGGGUUCGCAUGUGUCUUUUGAAGAUCAAAUGGUAAGGGAAAACGACUGUUUGAAACCUGAACGCUAUUUUCAGGAAUUCAAAAUUGGAAAAUCUGUUGGUGGAGAUGGGGAUAAUGGGUGGUUUGAACAGAUUAAAUCAACUCUUUCUGUGCCGGCUAACCAGAGGUUUGUGCUUGACGUCACGGGGAGAGUUACAUUCGAAACAGUGAGGUCAUUUGUGGAGUUCUUGUUGUGGAGAGUAUCAGAGGGUUUCAAAAGGGGUGUUAGUAAGGUUCAUGAUGAGGUUGUAGACAAAGGAAUGCAGGUCGUUAGAUAUGUAGGAGCUAAAUCGUCAGUUAUUCUUACUUUGUGUCUUGCUUUAUAUUUACAUAUUUUGGGUGGUAGUAGGAUUCUAUUGUCUGCUUAGUAUGAUCAUUCAUCCUACACUAUUACAUGUAAUGUAAUGGGAAUAUAAUAUGAAGCUAGAUCUUUACACUAUUGAUAUUUCCAAUUAUUAAUUGAGGCCAUAUAAUCAUACACUCCUAAUUCAAUAGAUGAAAUAACUGUGGCUGAGGUUAUCUUUAAAUUACCUCUUUUAUCUUUAAA